AUGUCUUUUAACGAGCAGCAGUGCAAGCAGCCUUGCCAGCCACCCCCGUGCCCUGAACCUUGUCCACCCCCAAAGUGCCCUGAGCCUUGCCCACCCCCAAAGUGCCCUGAACCUUGUCCACCCCCAAAGUGUCCUGAGCCCUGUCCACCUCAGCAGUGCCAGCAGAAAUGCCCCCCUGUGCAACCACCUCCAUCAUGCCAGCAGAAGUGCCCACCCAAGAGCAAGUAA